AUGGCACCAAUCCGUAACGCUCGCGCGUAUUAUGCUGCUGUACCAACAGAGUACAUCGAGCCCGAUGUGCACGUCAAGUACGACGAUUCGCGAACAAUCGAUCUUGACACCGUCAAGCUCAAUGGCGGAUUCCUGCUCAAAACACUCUGCCUGAGCGUCGACCCUUACAUGCGAGGCAAAAUGCGGGACCCCAAGAUCAAGUCGUACACGCCGCCUUUCGAGUUUAAUCAAUCCCUAUACGGCUACGGUCUUGGCAAAGUUAUACGCUCGGAGGAUGAGGCGUACAAGCCGGGGGAUGUUGUGCACGGCAUGGUGUUUCACGAGGAAUAUUCGGUCUACAAUGGACCGUUGACACCCUUUGUCCCAUUCCACAAACUUGAGAACAUCGGACUGCCCUGGUCAGUCUACACGGGCGUCCUUGGAAUGCCAGGCCAGACUGCAUACUACGGCUGGAAAGCGUACAGCAAAGCCAAGGCGGGCGAAACCGCUUUCGUCUCCACCGCCGCUGGUGCUGUAGGCUCUCUCGUCGUACAGCUGGCAAAACGCGACGGCUUGCGGGUCAUCGCGUCGUCAGGAUCCGACGAUAAGGUUGCGUAUGCCAAGGAGUGCGGCGCGGACGUCUCGUUCAACUACAAGACGGAGAAAGUGUGGGAUGUUCUUGAGCGCGAGGAGAAGGGUUUGGACAUCUACUUCGAUAAUGUCGGCGGUGACCACCUCGAUGCGGCGCUAGCGAGUGCGAAUAGGUUUGGGAGGGUCCUCAUGUGCGGGAUGGCAUCCCAAUAUAAUGGGCAACAGCCGUAUGUUCUUAAGAACCUUGGUCAGGCUAUUGGCAAGGUCAUCACCCUUCAAGGCCUCUUAUACAACGUCCUACGCCCGCAGUUCCAGGACGAAUUCUUCGCAACUAUCCCUCAGCUCGUGAAGGAUGGCACUAUCAAGUAUCGCGAGGACGUCACCAACGGACUCCAGACGGUCGGCCAGGCCCUGAACGAUGUUGGCUCGGGCAAAAACUUCGGCAAGCGGGUGGUAGUUGUGGCGGAAGACUGA